AUGCCGUCCGAGGAGCGCCAGCUCCAGCGCCUGUUAACCACCGCCCGCACCGCGGCGGCACAUGGCAGCCAGCGGGAAGCCUUCGACCUGUACUGCCGCGCCGGCCACUUGCUCAGCCUGGACCGGGAAUGGCAGGCCGCCGGCACCGCCUACCAGGACGCCGCCCGCCUCCGGGCGGCGGCGCGCCAGCCAAUCAAUGCCGGUACCAUCAGCUGCCUACUGCGCACAGCCAGUCACUGCUUCCUCAUGGCGGACAAGCAGCGCGACGCCCUGCACUGUCUCCGCACAGCGGCCACGGUGCUGGCGGAGGCCGGAGACUUCCCCACGGCCGCCGGGCACUACGUCUCCAUGGGACAAGUGGUGGCGGCCGGGGACCUCGAGCGCGGGAUAGCCUAUUUCGAACAAGCGGCCCGCCUCUACGAGACCGCCAGCAUCGGUUUCAAAAACGACUUCGCCGAGAGGGCGUGGCUGUCCGUCGGUGAGUUGGCGGCACGCCAGGGCGACUACCACCGCGCCAUUACAAUCUUCGAGGGCGUGGCCCAGGCCAACCUCCGCGACGGGACCGUCCACGACGCCCCCGACCGUCACAUCUUCGCCACCUGCGACUACUUCCGCGCCGGCGCCUGGCACGACCCGGAGAGGGCCGCCGCGGCGUACUUCUGGGCGGUGCUGUGCUAUCUGUGCCGGGACGGGCCGCUGGCCGCCAAGGUGGCGGUGGUGCGCUGCGAGGACCGACUCUCGUGUUUCGCCAGUAGCGUGCAACGUGGCGUCCUGCGCCAGGCGAUGGGCGACACGGAGAACGCCUUCACGGUGAAGAGCCUCGAGAGGGUGUUGACGGCCGACGCGGAAAACACGAAGAAGGGAUACGACACCGCCUACCUCUACGCCGGUGGCUACAUCGCCUAUCUGAGCCUGACGCAGUGGAACCGGAUGAUGCUAGGCCGUGCUGUGGAGAAACUGCGGGACGCUGAGAAAGAACAGACGCGUUAA